AUGAAUAAAAGGUAUAACCAGAAGGAGAUUAAACUGCUUUUACAAAAUAAAGUGAGUUUGGCUGGAUUAGUGGAAACAGGAGUUAAAAGUAAAAAUGUGAACUCAGUUCUUAAAGGAAUAGCACCAGGGUGGCAGGUUCUAUAUAACUAUGUUGAUAGUCCUAAUGGAAGGAUUUGGUUGAAAUGGGAUGAUAACUGGUAUGAGGUCAAGAAGAUUAAUAGCUCAGCUCAAAUGUUGCAUUGUCAGGUAAAUGAAAGAAGUAAAGGCUACCAGUUUAUUUUAACUGUAGUGUAUGGCUUUAAUACAGUUGAACAGAAAAAAAGUUUAUGGAAUGAAAUGGAAUCAAUGGCAAAAGGUAUCUCUCAACCUUGGCUUAUAGUAGGGGAUUUUAAUGUUAUAUUGUCUACUAAGGAUAGAUUAGCUGGUGUGCCUGUUACUACUAAUGAGAUAAAAGAUUUUGGUGAGUGUGUGAGAGACAUGGGGGUUAAUGAAUUGCAGUGGACAAGGAAUUACUACACUUGGACUAACAAACAAUGUGGGAAUGGUAGAAUUUCCAGUAGAAUAGAUAGAGCAUUUGGAAAUGAUGACUGGAUGGAUAAAUGGGGGCAUCAACAUGGGAAAGGUAGCUUUAAAUUCUUCAAUGUUUGGACUGAGCAUGAGAGUUUUAUGGAAAUAGUAGAAACUAUCUGGAAAAAAGAGUAUGGUUAUAACAAAAUGAAGCAGGUGUGGUGUAAAUUGAAGGAUCUUCAGCAUGUGCUAAAACAGUUAAACAGGAAAGAAUUCAAGUGUAUUGGGAAACAGAUUGAUAUGGCUAGAAUAGAGGUUGCAAAUGUUCAAAUCCAGCUAAAUGAGCAAGUUACUGAUGAGUUUAUUGUGAAGGAGAAAGAGUUGUUGAUUAAGCUUGAAAAAUGGUCAUUGAUAGAAGAAAGUGCUCUGAGACAGAAAUCAAGGAUCAAAUGGAUACAAUUAGGGGAUGCAAAUAACAAGUAUUUCAGUUCAGUCAUUAAAGAGAGAACUAAAAAAAACAAAUAA